AUGUCUUUAUCCAAACUAAAGCCAUCGCUCCAUUCAUAUAGAGGGCUGUGGGAUCCACAUUCAAGCACGAGCGCAACCUUUUACGAUAAGGGUGACGGCUCUGCUAGACUACAUCUCUACAAUGAACCGGACAAAAAUCCACUUCUUUGGGACACCACAAAGGAGUUUACUGUCCCUUUCGCCAUCCCAUUCCAAGGCAACAUCAGAAUACAGGUCUGGGUGGCUUUGGAAGAAAGUGCGCCCGAUGGUAUGCAACUCUGGCUUACUAAUGAUAGUGACAAAGUCUAUUAUUGUAAUGGUACUGUUUGGUCAAAUGACAGGAAGCUGGCGGGAUUCUCGGUUUGGAUUGGAAAGCAAUCUGAGAGGAGUCAGACCCCGUGGUGCUUCAAUGAGUCUCUCUCUUGGACAGUAUUCAGUCAUCAGGAUAUGUCAGACGAAGAGCCAGUAUCGGGCUCUGCGGCGAUCGAAGCCUACGGGAUUUAUGAGUCGCAGCCACAAUUCUUCUUAGAUGAGGGUAUUCCAAUCGACCUUCUGAGGCUCUUUAUUCCAACUACACUCAGUUUCCCGCAUACAAUCAAUUCCCUGAAUACUGAGCAAGAUUGGAUCAAUUGGGUUACCAAUGUUUGCCAUGGCAAGCAGGACCCUAAAGGAACUCCUGGACAGCUUCGUCCCGACUCAACCCAGCAUUGGCUUCGUUACAAUGUUUGGGAUGGAGCAUACUCUUUCAUUGACGAGAAUGGUGGACCAUUCUCGCUCAUGGGCUGGCUGAACUCAUACAAGAUACAUCAACAGGAUCCUACAAAGUCCCUGAGACUUGUCAACUGCUUUGAUCAGGCUGCAAUCGUGGAAACUGUUCUCGGUCUCGGUCUCUCGUACAAUCGUCUACAUUGGGAGAUUGUAGGCAAGUUCGGAUAUAUUGACGAAGACCUUACCGGCUGGGGUAGCACCAACAGCCCAUUCUUCGAGGGAGACACUCAAAACAAACGAUUUAGUAAUGUCGCGGAUCCCAUGCGAACACCUUUCCGGUCUCAUGUCUUCAUCACUAUAUCACCUACCGAAACCUAUAUCCAAAGCGAAUCGAUGGUAGUGGACGCCUGUGCAGGACCUGUUGCGGGUGACUUGACUUACACCCAAUACUUAACUACCAAAGCCCUUCAGAACGGGAUUGAAUUAUUGGUGGAGGGUCAUACACCACCUAAGGAGCCCUGGAUGGGAGUUCAGAGUACAAAUGGUACAUCUGACGGUUGGACUCUCAACUAUAAACUCGAAUCCUUACACCCAGAUACACUUGUUCAUAUGCCUACGGUGCUCUCCGAGCUCAGCGCAGGAUUCGCUCCUACUCCGAUAGUUGCAGCAAACUUCAAUGCUCAAACGAUUAUCAAUACUGUUCUCCAGCCCAUUCUAUCAAACACUGGUACUGGCAUUGUUUUGAAACCUCAGUCAGACGUCUUGACCAUUGUCAAUGAUUCGACCAUUGUCUCAGGUGCUUCCACUACGAGGCUCAGCGUUGCAGGCAAAGUAGUGGGCGCCGGCCCUACCUUCAUUUCUUUUCAAAUCUCAGCUUUCUCUGGUGUCGAUAGUGCUGUGAACGGAUUGCAACAGCGAUUGAACGCUUUCACCCUGCCUGCGAAAUGGGUACAGGAGAAUAAGAUUAACAUCAAGACGCAAAUGACUCAGACUUCCGACGGAAUUAUGGACGAACGCGCUAAGAUAUUUGGGACCUAUCACCUUAAUUUGUUCCUCUACAAAAAUCUAGUGGUGCAGAUCGCUGGGAAUUCUACUUCUACUUCAGAUGCUUUACCUAAGUGGACUAAGGACUUGUGGAACGAGUUGCUGAAUUAUUAG